AUGAUGUGGAAUUAUCCCACCUUAUUUCGAUGCCAGACCAACGGCACGUUCUCUCCAUUCAACCCAACAACAGCCCAUUCACACCGUAGCGCAGAACCCGGGCAAUUACUCAUCAUCAGCAGCACCUUCUAUCCACACACGAGACGAGUUGCUGAUGAGCGUCUUGCGCCCGCCGCCGGCCAUUUGCUGAUUAUGCGCCAUUUCGUUAUCGCGGGCUCGGGCACAACUCACGUAAGACGAGACGAGGGGGGAGAGCGUGAGACGACGAUUCGCUUGUUGGCUUGCUGCACGGCUCGUCGGGCUGCUGUGGGACGUAUGUAUCUGAGAGUGAUGAGCCCCGGUUACCAGCAUCUGCUGCAUUGA